AUGGAGGAGACCAACGGGCCGCGCAUCGUCAUCUCGUUGUCCGUCAUGACGGGCGUGUCGCUGCUGCUGAUGCUGCUGCGCUUCUUCUGCAAGGCGCGCUACGGCAAGCGCUUUGGUUGGGACGACCACCUGCUGUCGGCGUCCUGGCUGUGCCUCGUCACGUACUCGGCGCUGACCAUCGUGGCGGUCAACUACGGCAUCGGGCGGCGCAAGGCGCUGAUCCCGCCGGGCAACCUGGUGGUGGCGCUGGAGCUGUUGUACAUUGGGCGGUUUUUUGGGAUUAUCGCGCUGGCCAUCAGCAAGUCGUCGUUCGCCGUAACGCUGCUGCACCUGGCGCGCGGGCCGUGGCAGCGUGCCGUUAUCUGGACCAUCCUCGUCAGCCUCAACCUCGUCAUGUGGGUGUGCGGCUUCUCGCUCUUCUUCCAGUGCACGCCCGUGCAGAAGGCCUGGAACCUCGACGCCCCGGGCUCGUGCUGGGACUCGCGCGUGCAGGUCAACAUUGGCAUCGGCGCCGGCGCGUACUCGGCCGCCAUGGACUUUAUCCUGGCCAUCUUCCCGACCGUGCUGAUCUGGCACCUGCAGAUGGGCACGCGCGAAAAGGUCGGCGUGGUGGUGGCCAUGAGCCUGGGCGUCUUCGCCGGCAUCACGGCCAUCGUCAAGUCGUACUUCAUCACGGGCACGGCGCGGUCGUCCGACUUUACCUUUUCGUCGGCGGACCUGCUGAUCUGGUCGGCCAGCGAGACGGCCGUGACCAUCAUGGCGGCGUCGAUCCCGUUCCUGCGCCUCAUCGCCAAGGAGGUCUCGGGCAAGACGCAGCAGCGGUCGGCGGCGCGGUACACCAAGAACCUCACGGCAGCCACGGCUACGGCCAGACCGAAGGCGCCCGAGUCUGACGGCUACGACAGCGAAAAGGAUAGCCUAGAUGGCGUGCUCAAGGAGGAGCACCGCGCCACCAUCCGCAUCGCCUACCGCACCGGCCCCGACACCAACUCCAGCACCAACACCAGCGCCAACACCAUGCCCAUGCCCAUGCCCAUGCCCAUGCCCAUGCCCACGCCCAUGGCCCGCUAUCCCAAUGUAAUAUAG